GCUGGUCUGCACUUUGCGCGAAGCUCUUCUGCUUAGGGCGUGACUCACUCUACCCCUACCUUAUCGCCUCGCUCCUCAGCUGGACGGAUUCUUGCUAGUACCAUGGAAUCCAAGAUCAAGGAGAUGACCGAACAGCUCUCCAAGCUCGAGGGGCUGGCAGGCGGGAACGACGGGCACACUCUGCUGCAGCAGCACCAGAAGGAGAUGCUCGCCAAGCUCCGGGAGAUUCGCGCGGCCAUGGCGACGGAGACAGGAGAGCUGGACUCGGUAAAGGAGGCCAAUGCCGAGGUGGCCAAGCUGCGGGAAGUCAUCAAGAGGAGAGACUACCGCAUAUUGCACCUCUCGAGGGCCUUGGAGGCGGGGGCGUCUUCUUCUGCUGACCCUACGUCGGCGUGAUAGUUGACUCGAUGCUCCUGUUGUUUUGUCAGCGAGCACCGUGUUUGUUUUAUCGCCCGUGUGAUGACGGAGUGGGUUUGGAAUGGUUAUUCACCAGCGAACCACCACGGCGUAUCUGUCGUUGGACAAGUCACAAAGGGAAUUGGCUAUACGAGCAUCAUCCCACGAGGACCAUGUAUGUACAGAAUUUUCUUCUUCGUUUUGGGUGCGUCUCGUGCUGUUGCCGUUGCUUCUGCGGCUGGUUUCCCUGCCGUGUUCAGACGGCAGGGGGCAGCGCGGUGUGAUCAACAUGUUAUGUCUGGUUGUACUGACUACCGGCAAGGGUUGUUUGCUUCCCGUACAUUUAUACUUCGCAAGUUG